AUGGAGAGUUCGAAAAAUAGGCUGUUGGAACUACAUCCUGAUACUGUAGAAUAUGUUAGAAAAGAAAUAAAUUUAGAUAAACCAGGAAGAAUUGAUGAGGCUUUGGAUCUUUUGGAAGAAUGGGUGAAAAUGCAGAACCAUUUCGUUAAAAAGGACAUCCCAAGAAUAUAUUUGGAAACGACUCUGGUAACUGCCAAAGGUUCGAUAGAACGUGCAAAACAAAAACUAGACAAACUAUGUACUCUUAGAACUUUAAUGCCUGAGUUUUUUCCGACUACCGUCACGAAAGAGAUUUUUACUCCUUUAGAGGAUUUUGUCAUCCAAGCACACCUACCAAAGCUGACGAAGGAACAUAACAGAGUAUAUAUGUUGAAAAUACUAUCUGAUAACUUUGAUUCUAACUUGGUACAAACUUACUACAAGUAUAUUGUAGUGGCCAGUGAAUACUGUAAAAGAAAUGAUUACAAUGCUGGAUUUGUUCUCAUUUGCGACUAUAGGGAUAUUAAUAUUUUAAACUUUGUGACUAAAAUUAGUCCAAUGAAUCUUAAACAUAUAUUUACAUUGAUGACUGAGGGAUACGGUAUGAGAAUUAAAAAAAUUCUUAUCAUGUCAGGUUCUAAGAUGGUGGAUUCAUUGGUUUCACUAUUCAAACAAACACUUAGUGCUAAACUUGGGGAAAGAAUCGACGUAGUUAAGAAUUUAGAUAGUUUGCAUGAAGUCAUUGAAAAAGAUAUGUUGCCUGAAGAUUUUGGCGGAAAAGAAAAGCCUUUAAGGGCACUCUAUGAGAGAUGUUUGGAGAAUUUUUGUUCUAAGGACAACGUGGAUUUCUUCCUGGAAAUGAAUAAAGCUAAAACAGACGAAACAUGCAGACAAUCAGGUGUUUUUAAUGAACAAUAUGUUGGAAUGCCUGGAUCCUUCAGAGCUUUGAGUGUAGACUAA